AUGUAAUCAAUAUAAAACCUAAAUGCUUAAAUAUGUUAAGCAUUUUCUAGGUAGCACCUGCCUAGAUUUUUUGAUGGCUACUAUGCUUCUAAUUAUUUGAAGUUGCCUAACACUAAUAUACUUUUGAUAAAUACUAUAUCUUAUUAAAAUUCCGUAGAAUCUUCGAGUAUAGUAUAUUACAAUGAUAUUUCUAGUGGAACUGAUAAUAUUUUAAAUGUGGUUAAACCUAACUAUGUUAUAGUUCAGAUGGAGUAUAUACUCUAAAGAAAUAAAAUUUUAGUUCUAAAUGCAGAAUAGCUAAUAUACGCAGAUCCUUAUACUCUUGAAUCAAAAUAAACACUACCAUACAGUAGAUUAAAAAGAAUGCAUUUCAUCAAAGGAUCUAACUACUGUGUUUUAUAAACAUCUCUAUUUUUAUUAUAUAUUGUUGACUUUGUAGAAGGAAAAUAAAUUCUAGCAUUGGAUAUUUUACCUUUUAAUUCUGAUUAUGGUAAUUAUAUUACUUCUGCAAAGAUAUUUUAGCUAUAAAACGGUUAGAAUUUUAUAGCAGUAAUUGAUUUGUAUGGUGCUUAUACUUGGUCAAUUGAUUUUAAAACUUUUAAAUUUUCAUUCAAUGGAUAUUAUUCGCAAUAGUAUCCCUAAAGUAUCUCUAAUUAUAGAUUAAUAGAUUUCCACAAGAGUUAUGAUAUUAUAUUUUUAGCAGGAGUCUACUAUGAAAUCAGUGCUUUCUAGAUCAUUAACUUAUAAACGAAUUAGAUAAAAUUAAUAUAGACUAAUUAACUACCAAAUAGUAAUUCAGGAGAUGUUUUUCUCAGUUUAAGCUUUAUAAAUUCUUAAAAUAAUUAAGGCAGUUUAUACCUAAGUAGCUAGGCGUUUAUUUAUAGAAUAGAUUUAAAUUUUUUAUAUAAUUAGAAUACAAAUACGUUUGAUUCUUUUAGCUUUACUAAUAUCAAUAAACCUUUUACUGUUUAACCACCUGGAUAUCAAUAUUAUGAAUGGUGUCAUUUGGAAGAAAGUUAAUAAUUUUUAAUACCAUUCGACACUGGAUACUUUUACUAAUCAGCUCUAUUUGUUUAUUCAUAUAAUACGAACACAUAGCUCACUCGUUUUAGUUUUACAAAAAUAUUUAGUUUCUAACUAAAUUAAGAAAUAUACUUUGUUGUUCCUAGAUUAAAUUAAAUUUUACUCACUAAAGAUUCUCCAAGUAACCUAUAAUCUCUCCGUUCUUUUCCUCUUUUUUAGGAAAUCAAAGCAAGAUAAAAUACCUUUUUUUCUGUUAAAAACUGUAAUAAUUGUUUUGUUGGUAUGUUUGAUGAUACAUACUUAGGAUUUUAUAAAGUAAUGGACUACUCAUUCACCCCUUAAGUAUACGAUUUAAGUAAGUUAAAUCUUAAUGUAGAUUAAAUAAGCUUCAAUAUUGAUCCCUACUAAGAUGUUAAUCAAAAUAUUUGGGUUAUUGUAGGAUUACCUUUUAAAAAAAAUAAUGAAAAUUUAUUAUUUUAUGCUAUAAAUAUUACCUCUAAAUAAUAGUUUAAAUUGCUCUCUGAUUAGAAGAAAAUAGUCAAAAAACAAGUUAUGCUCUCUAUUCAUAUGAAGAUUAAGAAAUCGUUGGAAUAGCUGUUAAUGGAAGCAAAUCCAUACUAUUUAAAUGUAUUCAAUUAAAUUAAUAUGUUUGGAGUCGGGGAUUAAUUAAGUGGAGAUGUUUAUUUAUGGAGUUUUAACACAGUUACUUAAUAAUUUGAAUUAUUUAUGCAUUUCCAAUCUCCUUCUUAUACAGAUAUUGUAAGUAAUAUUCAGUAUAUAGAAAAGACUUAGGUUUUAUUUAUUUAGUUUUACUAUAGCAAUACAUUUUUCCCUAUUGGAUAAUGUCUUUAAAAUUUGACUAGUUGUAACUCGAAAUGCUAAAUGUAGUUUUAUUUUAAUACUACUGAAACUACUGACGCUAUAAGUCUAUAUGGGAUAGGUUCUUUUGAAUAGCCUUUUACCACUUCUUUGAGUAUAAUUUCAUCUUUACUUUUAGUUUAAUAAUAUUUCCAAUUAAUAAACGGAUUUGAAAUUCUAAACGUUUAUAUAUUAGUGAGUAACUAAAAUUAGAUGAUAUUUUACAAUGAACUGUUAACUUUAUAAGCUUUUGCAUCAACAAAUUUAACAAUUUAGAGCUGGAAUAAUAAUCAAUUAGCUUAAAUUAAUGUAAAUUAGUUGCUCCAAUUUUCGGGCCUCUUUAUGCUAAACCUUGAUGAUAUACUUAUUAAUUUUAUUAUUAGUAGCUCCUAAUAAAAGUGUGGGGUAUAUUUCGAUGGUAUUAUUUCUAGUGCUACUAUAGAUAACAUAAGUAUAUCUUCAACAGGUAGUUAAUCAGAUUGUUUCUUUUUUUAAAUAAAUAAUUCUUACUUGACGAUUAAAAAUAUAAACAUAAAAAGUUUAGAUUUUUCAAAUACAUCAACGUUAAUAACAAUCCUUAAUUCUAAAUAGAUUGCACUUUAAAAUAUUCUAAUAGAUAGCUGUAAAUUAAGUGAAAAAUUCAGUAUAUUAACCUAAGAGAGCGAUGUAAAUGUUAUUAUUGAUACUUUUGUAAUUUAAAAUAAUCUAUGUGACAUAAAUUAAAUUUACUAUCCACAAUUCUCUGGUUAGCUAUUUGAAGCUGGUUAGUUCAAUGUAGCUAAUAUGACAAUAUCCAAUAAUCAGUUUUGUAAUUUAUAGAUAUUCUCAACUGUAAGCACAAUCGAACAAAAAAACUAUAUUUUUUAGUUCUAGAAUAUAAGAAUGUACAAUAACUCAUUUUAUACAACAUACAAUUAUCUCUUUUUUGAUGCUAUUUAUUCAAUAAAUCCUCUUCCCUAACACACUUUAAAUAUGAGCUAUUUAAAUUUCACUGAUAAUUCUUACUUUCCCUCUUCUUAAGUUUAAUCUGACAUAUAUCUCGGAAUUACUUAAUUAGUUCUAACUGAACAAAUUUUGUCAGUUUAAAUAACUGAAGUUACAGUAAAAAACCAAUAAGAAAUAGCAUUUUGUUCAUUAUCCUAAUCUUCUAUAGUCACACUUAGUAAUAUUUCUUGCUUAAAUGAAAAAAAAUUUUUUAAUAGUUUAGUCAAUAGAGAGUAUGGUGGAUGUUUAAUUUUGAAUGAAAUAAAAAAGAUUAGCAUAACUAAUCUAUAAUCAAUCUAUAUAAAAGGAAUAAAUAAUUCUAUUUUGGCAAUAAUAAAUUAAGUUUACACAAAUUCAGUAAUAAAUUUAUCAAAAGUAGUUAUCACAAGUUCAUAUUUUGAAUAAAAUUAAACUAUCUCCUAAGCAAACCCAAUAUUAAUUACUUCCUCUUAUACUUCUAAUAUAACAAUAAGCAACUCAAUUUUUAGCUAAAAUAGAUUAAAUGUAAUUCCUAAUGCAUAAACCUAUUCAACUUCUGCAAUUCAGAUAAUUAAUCCAUUAGGUCCUAUAUAUUUACUUGAUAACCAAUUUAUUAAUUCAGUAUCUAGUAGCAUCUUUAAUUUUCAAUAUAUAGUUGGUCUUAAUAUAACUAUCAUUAAUACUAUUUGCAAGCAAUCUUCAUUUAAUAUCACAGAUAAUACAACAACUUUAAUAUAAUAAGGAGGUUGCUUAAGAGCUAAAUCAAGCAAUUUGUAAAUUCUUUCUUCAAAUUUUAGCCAAUCCACAGCAAGCUAAGGCUCGUUUAUUUACUUAGAGAGCCUUAGUUCAGAAACAAAUAUUUCGAUAGAAAAAUCUUCAUUUAUAGAAGGCUAUGCUUAAAAGGAUGGCGGUGCAUUUUACAUAAAUUUAUAAAACUCAAAUUUAGAUUUUGUUUGUAAGUAAUCUAACUUUAAUAAUAUCUAUACACUCAGUUCUUAUUCUUCCUCGAUUUCAAUAAUAUAAUCAGAAAAUUAGAAUUUAUUAAACUAGAUUCUAUUCUAUUAAGGAGAGAUAAUUAAUAUUUUAGGCAAGGCCAACUCAUAUCUUUUGAAUAUCUAAAAUUCUAAUGUUACUCUUUUGAAUAUUCAUAAUAAUAAUUUUAACUAAACUUAUCCUGAUUAUUUGAAUCAAAUGGCUAAGCUACCUGACAUCUAAUCAGUGUCAUUUUUCUAACUUUAAAAAUCAAUGUUAUCAAUUGUUGAUUGUGGAUUUUAAAAUUUAAUAAUAAAAAAUUUACAAAAUACUUCCCCUCUUCUAAUUAAUAGUAUUAGUACGAGUAUAAUAAUUUAAAGAUUAAUAAUUAAAGACUCUACUUUUUCCACAUACUUAAUUAGUGUCAAUUAAGGAUCUCUAAGAAUUGAAAAUUCUUAAUUUAUUAAUAUAAAUUAGAUAUCUUCAAAACGAGUAUUACAAUCAUAGAUUUAUCUGAUAAAUUCAGGAGCUCUUAUAUCACUAUAUUAAUCUAAGCUAUAAAUAUAAUAAUAAACAGUAUUUUAGAAAAUAAUUUGCAUGCUAUGCUUUGGCUCUAUACUUUAGUUGAAUUAAACACAAUUUUUUAUAUCUGACUCUAUCUUUUUAGAAUCAAAAGCCAAUAACGGUGGUGCUAUUUCAGUUAAUGGUUUGGUUUCUAAUCUUAAUUAUAUACAAAAUACUAAAAUGAUUGGAAAUACUGCCAUAUAAAAUGGAGGAGCUAUGUUUUUAAUGGCCUAAAAUGAUGAUGCUUUUACUUUAACUUUGUCUAAUUGCUAAAUUACUGACAAUCAAUCUUUAAAUGGAAGUGGUGGGGCAUUAUUUAUUAACUCAGAAAGUGAAUCAACAUAACAGUAACAGAUCAAAAUUUAUAAAACAAACCUAUCAAAUAACUAAGCAGUUAUCGGAGGAUGCAUUAAUAAUUUAGGUAUAAAUCCAAUUAUAGAUUCUUAAAGCACAAUAUUGAAUAACUAAGCCAUUCUUUAUGGAGAUGAUAUCAACUCUUAUCCUGAUCAUUUAAGUUUGAUAAUGACUACAGAUUUAAAUAAAUAUUUCAAUUAGUCAACUAAUUCUUUAGCCUUAUCAAAUAUUAAAAGCGGAGCAUAAAUUCCAGAUGUUAUCUUUUAGCUAAGAGAUUAAACUGCUAAACCAAUAUUUCCAUUAGAUGCUGAUAAAAUAAUGAUUUAAGCAUAAUUUAGCAGCAAAACAAAAAAUAUAUCAAAUUAUUACAUUAGAGGAAAUUCUACAGCAUUUAUUGAUUUAAAAUAAAAACAAUUUAUUUUUUAAGGUUUGUAAUUAGUUGGGAUUCCAAAUUCAUAAGCAAUAAUUGAGUUCAAAUCUGAUGUUAUAAAAAUUUUAAAUAAAUAAACUAAUUAAUUUGAGUCUAACUAUUCUUAUGAAUUAGAAGUUUAUUUUAGAAGUUGUAAAUAUGGUGAAAUUCAGAAUUUUUAUAAUACAUUUACAGAAUGUGUUGUCUGUGAAUAAGAUAAAUACUCUCUUGAUACACAAUAAUGUCAUGUCCUUCUGGAGCAAAAUGCAAAAAUGGAAUUAUAUAUGUAAAUUAAGGAUUUUGGAGAAAAAAUGAAAGUAGUCCUCUAGUUAUAGAAUGUGUAAAUAAGCCUUCAAACUGUAUUGAAAAUACUUAUGGUAAUUAAGUAUGUUUAUAAGGUUAUAUAGGACCUCUAUGUGAAGAAUAUUUAUGGAAGUUAUUGGGGAGAAAGCUAUUCUAAAGUUGGAUCUUAUCAAUGUGGGUAAUGUAAAGAAUUGAGUACUUAUUUGUGGAAAGCCAUCUUAACAAUAAUCUGGACUAUAUUUUCAAUUCAGCUUGCUAUAAGAGGAGACCUAGAGGAAUAAACAAUUAUUGCUGUUUAAGUAGCUCUGAAAAGACACUCAUUAAAGAAUAAUCAAAGUACUUCCUCAAAAGAGACUAAAUAUUAAUCUAAAUUAAAUGUCAAAUAUGAUAACCAAAAAGAAAAAAUAUCUCCAAAAGAAGAAAAAGCUUGCGUUUAUAUUAAAGUAUUCACAAACUAUUUAUAAAUUAUAGGAUCAAUUAUUACUUUUAACAUAAAAUUAACUACAGAUAUAUUUGAUACUUCAUAGUAUUUAGGAACACCUGUAAGAUAAUAAAUCAAUUCCCUUGACUGUACAUUAAAGGAGAUAUAAACAGAUAUACCAAUAAUAUAUCUUAGACUCCUAUUUACUCUAAUUGUCCCAGUUGGCUAUUUAAUGACGUUUGUGCUUGGUUUAAUUUUAUAAAGGUUAUUUACAAAUAAAAAAGUUCAUUUAUAUUCUAUUUGUACGGUUGCGAUCUUUAUAUUUAUUUUAGUUUAGCCUGAUUUAGUUUCUCAAAUGAUAGCUAUUCUUUCAUGCAGAAAAAUUGGAGAUACUAGUUAUAUACUCUACAAUAUAGAUUAUGAAUGCAAUACUAGUCAGCACUAGAAAUAUAGUUCUACCUUAGUAACUCCUUGCUUAUUAGUUUUUGCCUUUAUUAUACCUAUUGGACUUUUUUACAUCCUAUACAAAAACAAAAAUGACUUGUAAAGCAUAUAAAUCAAUAAGAAAUAUGGCUUUUUAUACAGAGAGUAUAAAAGCAAAAAAUAUUAUUGGGAAUUCGUGAAAAUUUUAGAAAAAAUUUUAAUCAUUAUAGUUCUUAACUUCUAUUCCCAAGAUAUUAAUGUUAAAGGAGUGCUAAUGUUUAUGGUAAUUACUCUCUAUGGGAUAGCAUCUAAUAUUUUAUAACCCUAUAGUUUGAGUGGGUACAAUACAGUUGAUUUCUAUCAAACAAACGUGUGUGCAGUUUCUGUAUUACUUUGUUUAUUCAUUAAUAAUAAUCCCUUCAAUUAUUUUGUGAUCACUUCUAUUAUAAUUAUAAUCAUAAUUAAUGCUUGGUUUAUAAUUGUAAUAAUUAAAAGAGUUAUUAUAGGUCUUUUAAUGUAAUUUAAGGAUGUUAUCAUAUAAAUUUCUUAAAAAUUUUCUUUUACAAAGAAGCUUGCUCAAAAGUUUUAAAAAUAAAAAUUAAAUCCAUAAUUGAAAGCUAAGAUAAAAAGAAUUCUUUAAGAAUUUUUAAAUCUUAGUGAUGAUCAAAAGUAUGAUCUUUUAUUAUCUGGCUUAAAGAUAUAAAUAGGUAUUAAAACUCUUGUUAUUUUUUAUAUUAAAUAAAAUUUAAUUUAUAGGUAGAGAUCAUAAAAGACUGUUUAAAGAUUAGUAGAUUAAUUAAACUAUUAAAUAAAAUAAACUAAAAAACUCAGCUACUGA